AUGUCUCUUUCGUCUGACGAGGAGCGCCAGGUCGGCAUCAAGGAAAGCCCCUAUGCCCACGACGAGAAGAGUGCUGCGCACCACAUCGAUGACAAAGCUCGCCGCUCGAGUCACGUGGAGCACAUCCACAAUAUCAACGAAAACGUCUCUGCCAAAAUUCAAAACCCCCUCUUUGGUAUCCCCAAGGACCAGCUCUUCGAUGACGUUGACCGCUUCUGUGACGAGAAUGGCUUUUCGGACCAAAAGGAGCUCUUCCGCAAGGGUGCCCUCGUUGGGCAGAACCCGAGUGGCUUUGAGAGGUACCCCGAGCUUGACGAUGCCGACAAGAACGUCCUCCGCCGCGAGAAGACGCACAAGUGGGACCAGCCCAGGGCCCUCAUCUUCACCGUUGUCUUGGCAUCGGUCGGAGCCGCCGUGCAAGGCUGGGACCAGACCGGUUCCAACGGUGCCAACCUGUCGUUCCCUAUCGAGUUUGGCAUUCCCGACACGGUGGUUGAAGGCCAGAGUGCCAAGGAGCAGGAAGACCACUCGUGGCUCGUCGGUCUCGUCAACGCCGCCCCUUACAUUGGUGCUGCGCUCAUCGGUUGCUGGCUCAACGACCCCAUGAACAACUGGCUUGGCCGCCGUGGAACCAUCUUCAUCUCCGCUGUCUUCUGUCUGCUCACUCCCAUCGGCUCUGCGUGCACCCAGAACUGGCAGCAGUUGCUUGCCUGCCGUAUCUUGAUGGGAAUUGGAAUGGGACUCAAGGCAUCGACUGUUCCCAUCUUCAACGCUGAAAAUGUCCCGGCCUCUGUCCGUGGCGGUCUGGUCAUGUCAUGGCAACUCUGGACCGCGUUCGGUAUCUUCCUCGGCUUCUGCGCCAACCUCGCCGUCUUCAACGUCGGAAAAAUCGCUUGGCGCUUGCAGCUCGGAUCGGCCUUCAUCCCCGCCGUCCCGCUCGUUAUCGGCGUGUACUUCUGUCCCGAGUCGCCGCGUUGGCUCAUGAAGAAGGGUCGCUACGGGGACGCGUUCAAGUCGCUUCUGCGUCUGCGCAACUCUCCGCUCCAGGCCUCACGCGACCUCUACUACGUCUAUGCCCAGCUGCAGGAGGAAUACGCCGCGGUCGGCACCAGCAACUUCUUCACCCGCUUUAUCCAGCUCUUCACCAUUCCUCGUGUUCGCCGCGCUACUAUCGCUUCCUUUGUUGUCAUGCUCGCGCAGCAGAUGUGCGGUAUCAACAUUAUUGCAUUCUACUCGUCGUCCGUUUUCCAGGAGGCCGGUUACGGUACCCUCCAGUGCCUGCUCGCGUCGUUUGGUUUCGGCCUCAUCAACUUCAUUUUCGCUUUCCCUGCCGUUUUCACCAUCGACACCUUUGGAAGGAGGAACCUGCUGCUCUCGACUUUCCCCAACAUGGCCUGGACCCUGCUCGCGGCCGGUCUUUGCUUCCUGAUCAAGGACACCAACGUCAAGGUUCCCCUUGUGGCGCUUUUCAUCUACCUGUUCGCCAUGGUGUACUCGGUCGGCGAGGGACCUGUUCCGUUUGCCUACUCGGCCGAAGUGUUCCCCAUCACCCACCGUGAAGUCGGCAUGGGCUGGGCUGUUGCCACCUGCCUGUUCUGGGCUGCGGUCCUGUCGCUCACCUGGCCCCGUAUGAAGAUUGCAAUGACCCCGACUGGUGCCUUUGGCUUCUACGCCGGCCUCAACGUCAUCGCCACUGUCAUGAUCUUCUUCCUCCUCCCCGAGACCAAGCAGCUCACGCUUGAGGAGCUCGACUAUGUGUUCGGUGUGCCCAUGAGCAAGCACGCUUCUUACCAGGGCAGCACCUGGCUCCCCUGGUUCAUCAAGCGCUACAUCUUCCGCCGCAAGGACGCCCAGCUCAAGCCCCUCUACAACCUCGACGAGAUCCAGGGUAUCGAGAAGGACCCCGAAUACGCCGCUAUGACCGCUGGCGCUGCUCACUGA